ACGGCCCCGCCCCUAGGCGGAGCCAGCGCCCGAGCGGUAGCGGGAGAGGCAGCGGGACCCCAGCGCGGGAGGCGGCCACCAGGCGGGAGCCCCAGAGGGCAGGAACUGGCCUGCCGCCUGGGCACCAACCACCCGUGCCCGCCAAUGCGACCCGGCCCCCGGAGAGCCAGGCCCACGGCACGCCCAUGUGGGCCGGCGGCGUGGGGAGCCCUCGGCGGGGCGCGGCCCCUGCGCCCACCGAUGACCUCUUCGCCCGCAAGCUGCGCCAGCCAGCACGGCCCCCACUGACCCCGCACACCUUCGAGCCGAGGCCGGCCCGGGGCCCGCUCCUGCGCAGCGGCAGCGACGCAGGCGAGGCCCGACCCCCCACACCAGCCAGCCCGCGUGCCCGUGCCCACAGUCACGAGGAGGCCGGCCGCCCCGCCGCAGGCCCCACCCGGCUCUUCACUGACCCGCUGGCCCUGCUGGGGCUGCCGGCCGAGGAGCCAGAGCCCGCCUUCCCGCCAGUGCCUGAGCCCCACUGGUUUGCCCACUAUGACGUGCAGAGUCUGCUCUUUGACUGGGCUCCAAAGCCGCGGGGGACAGGGGGCCACGCAGAGGCCGGCUCUGGGACUCCGGCCCCUGCUGAGGACAGAGCUGCCAGCUUGGACCUGCUGCUUGAAGCGCCUGGCUUUGUGAGUGAGCUUGGGGGUGAGGGCGAGCUGGGCCUGGGUGGACCCGUGUCCCCACCGGUGCCCCCUGCACUGCCCAACGCCGCCGUGUCCGUCCUGGAGGAGCCCCAGAACCGAACUUCGGCCUACAGCCUGGAGCACGCAGACCUGGGGGCUGGCUACUACCGCAAGUACUUCUAUGGCAAAGAACAUCAGAACUUCUUCGGACUGGAUGAGGUGCUGGGUCCAGUGGCAGUGAGCCUGCGGCGGGAAGAGAAGGAAGGCAGCGGAGGGGGCACGGUGCACAGCUACCGCAUCAUCGUGAGGACCACACAGCUCCGGACCCUCCGCGGCACCAUCUCGGAGGAUGCGCUGCCGCCGGGGCCCCCGCGAGGCCUGUCCCCUAGGAAGAUUCUGGAACAUGUGGCCCCGCGGCUGAGCCCGACCUGCCUGCGCCUGGGCUCAGCUUCACCGAAGGUGCCACGCACGCUGCUCACGCUGGACGAGCAAGUGCUGAGCUUCCAGCGGAAGGUGGGCAUCCUGUACUGCCGUGCGGGCCAGGGCUCGGAGGAGGAGAUGUACAACAACCAGGAGGCAGGACCGGCCUUCAUGCAGUUCCUCACCCUGCUGGGUGACGUGGUGCGGCUCAAAGGCUUUGAGAGCUACAGGGCCCAGCUGGACACGAAAACGGAUUCCACAGGCACGCACUCACUCUACACCACGUACCAGGACCACGAGAUCAUGUUCCACGUGUCCACGAUGCUGCCUUACACCCCCAAUAACCAGCAGCAGCUCCUGCGGAAGCGCCACAUUGGCAACGACAUCGUGACCAUCGUGUUCCAGGAACCCGGCAGCAAGCCCUUCUGCCCCACCACCAUCCGCUCGCACUUCCAGCACGUGUUCCUAGUAGUGCGGGCUCACGCGCCCUGCACGCCACACACCUCGUACAGCGUGGCCGUGAGCCGCACCCAGGACACCCCGGCCUUUGGGCCAGCUCUGCCCCAGGGCGGAGGCCCCUUCCAGGCCAACGCUGACUUCCGUGCCUUCCUGCUGGCCAAGGCGCUCAACGGCGAGCAGGCAGCGGGCCACGCACGCCAGUUUCACGCCAUGGCCACGCGCACGCGUCAGCAGUACCUGCAGGACCUGGCCACCAACGAGGUGACCACUACGUCGCUGGACUCGGCUUCGCGCUUCGGCCUGCCCUCCCUGGGCGGGAGGCGGCGGGCGCCCCCUCGGGGCCCGGGCACCGAGCUGCAGGCGGCGGGGGCGCUGGUGUGGGGCGUGCGCCCACUGGGCUCCGAGGCCGCGGCCCAGCUGCUGCGCUCGGCGCCCAAGGUCUGCGUCACCGUCCUGCCCCCCGACGAGAGCGGCCGGCCCCGCAGGAGCUUUUCGGAGCUGUACACGCUAUCUCUGCAGGAGCCCAGCCGGCGGGGCGCCCCAGAGCCGGUGCAGGAUGAGGCCCCAGGCGUGGUGACGCUGCUGCCCGUCGCGAAGCAGCUGCUGCAAGUGUGCCUGCACGACGGUGGCAGUCCCACGGGGCCUGGGGAUCUGGCUGAGGAGAGGACUGAGUUCCUGCAUAGCCAGAACUCACCGUCACCCCGCAGCUCCCUGUCAGAUGAGGCCCCAGUCCUGCCCAACACCACCCCGGACCUCCUCCUGGCCGCCACAGCCAAGCCGGCAGCACCCAGUACUGGCAGAGAGACGCCCCCCACCCAGGACGGGCCAGGCAGCCCCAGUGGUUGUGAGGACAGGGGUGACCCGGCCCCAGAGCUGAGGGCCUCCUUCCUGCCACGAACCUUGUCUCUGCGGAACUCCAUCAGCAAAAUCAUGUCGGAGGCGGGCAGUGAGACCCUGGAAGAUGAGUGGCAGUCCAUCUCGGAGAUCGCCUCCACUUGCAACACCAUCUUAGAGUCACUGUCCCGGGAGGGACAGCCCAUCCCGGAGAACGGAGAUGCCAAGGGAACUCCAAAGGCUGAUGCUGAGCCAGAACCCGGGAGCCUGUCCGAGAAGGUCUCUUACCUGGAGUCCAUGCUCAGGCAGCUGCAGGAGGACCUGCAGAAGGAGAAGGCGGACAGGGCCGCCCUGGAGGAGGAGGUGCGGAGCCUACGGAACAACAACCGGAGGCUGCAGGCCGAGUCAGAGAGUGCGGCCACCCGCUUGCUCCUGGCCUCCAAACAGCUGGGCUCGCCCACCGCGGACCUGGGCUGAGCCGGCCGCUCCAGCCUCAGCCCGGCUGUGGACCCGCUCACCACUGCUCAGGUCCCUCGGGGCACUGGGACCCUCCUCAGGAACUCUCCCAGCGCGCGGAGGCGCGUCUUAGCACUGCCCCCCACCCCAUGCGGUGGUGAAGUCACCCUUACCUCGUCCCUGUUUGUAAAUAUUCUGUGGAGAAAAGCGGACUUCAGGGAGUAAAGAAGCCACUAUUA